AAGGUGCCGCAGUCUCGUCUGCUUCGGCCGGUGCUCGCCAUGGGCUCGGCUCCGCCCGCCUUCAUCGGGGCGGAGGAGGUGGAGAAGCACCUGCACCGGGCCAGCCUCCUGCUCCCGGGGCUGGAGGCCGCCCUGGCCAACUUCUCGGCGGGCGCGGCGGGGGGGGUGGCGCAGCCCCUGCGCACCGUGGUGCCGGUGCGGCGGCACGGCGGGUUCCUGGGGGUCAUGCCGGCUUACAGUGCCGCAGACGAUGCUCUGACAACCAAGUUGGUGACUUUUUAUGAGCACAAGAAGGAUUCCUCCGUCCCUUCUCAUCAAGCGACUGUCCUCUUAUUUGACCCCAGAAACGGUUCUUUAAAAGCCGUCCUAGAUGGCAGUGUGAUUACAGCAAAACGAACAGCUGCAGUUUCUGCGAUUGCUACUAAGUUGUUAAUGCCAGCUUUUGCAGAAGUGCUGUGCAUUUUGGGAGCUGGUGUUCAAGCAUAUAGCCAUUAUGAUAUCUUCAUGGAGCUGUUCACAUUUAAAGAGGUCAGGAUAUGGAAUCGCACCAAAGAGAAUGCGGUGAAGUUCGCUAAUUCAGUUAACGGUCCAGUGCAGGUCUGCUCUUCUGCUCAGGAGGCAGUUACUGGGGCCGAUGUGAUUAUAACAGUCACUAUGGCAACAACACCAAUUUUAUUUGGAGACUGGGUAAAACCAGGUGCUCAUAUCAAUGCUGUUGGAGCAAGCAGACCUGACUGGAGGGAACUGGAUGAUGAACUGAUGAAGAAUUCUGUGCUGUUUGUGGAUUCCAGAGAAGCUGCUCUUACAGAAUCAGGAGAUGUUAUAUUAUCAGGGGCAGAGAUUUUUGCUGAGCUGGGAGAGGUAUUGAAGGGUACAAAACCAGCCCUGCCUGAGAAAACAACAGUAUUUAAAUCGCUGGGGAUGGCGGUUGAAGAUACAAUAGCAGCAAAAUUUGUUUAUGACUCAUGGUCAGCUGGUAACUAAAGAGAAGCCUACAGUGCCAACGAGGCCAAGAAAACUGUUUGCACUUAGUUUCCUUGGAUCUUUUGUUAAUAAGAGGCACCAAUCCUAUCUGAAUGUGGCCCUUCUAGAACAUUCAAGAAUGAAAAGUAAAAUUUUAGCAGUACACUAAUUUCUACAGUAUUCUAAUGGCAAGUAUUAGAUACCUGCAGUGUUACUAAUAAAUGUAUGUCAUGUAAGAGCAAGUAUUAGAUGUUUGCAGUGAUACUAACAAGUAUUUUUACAUAUUUUGGUAUAAUUCUGGAAUCAAUGCUGUUCCUCCCUAAUUAUUUAUGUAGCAGAAAUCUGUAGGUGUAUUUUGUGUUUUUAGAGAGGUAAUUCAUACUGGAGUAAAAUACAUCGGUUCAGAGAAUGGACUCUGGCAUCCUGUUUACCUGUGAUAGUACUUUAAACACAACUGUGGGUUUCAGCGCUACUCUGACAGUAAUCUAGCCUUCAGUCUCUCCUGAAGGGAAUCCACCCCUGACUCCUGGCCACCCCCUCCCUUCCAGCUCGGACUGGGAUCUGGAAGUCACUGUCCUUACUUUCAGCCCCUCACAAUCUUCCUUCUCUGCCCUCAGAACCAAUGGUUAUUCAUUGAAGAGCACACUCCUGAGUGGGAAUUUAUAUAAAUAAUGAUGCCUCCAUACAGUUAGAUUCCUGUCUGUUUUUGCAAAAGGCCUGGCUUAGGAAGACUUAAGAGUGCAAAACAAUCAGAGCUAAUAUUAUGUACAUUUUAAACUGAGGGGAAACUAUACUCAAUACCUCCCUUAGUACAUUCCUGAGUAGGAUAUUGCCAUUUUCAUACUGCAAGGAGUCACCCAAAAUGUGCUAAAAAUCUGGUUUUAUCUUUUUUAAUCUGUAUUCUGUGGGGAGAUUUUUUUGUUAUUAAUCUAUUGUGUUUAUAAGUUCUUUUUCUAAGCUUCUGGAAGAUUUGAACUGUGCAAAUUGAUUUUGGUAGGAUAAACUUAAAGUAUAUAGGCAAAUAUUUUUCACCUUGGCUGUACUAUGCAUCAAGUGGUAAUUGUUCUUUUAUCCCAGAGAGUAUUUGCUGGGGCAGGAAUUGCCAUGAUCCUUUCUUGGCGGAGGAACCCAGUUAUGUUCUACAUAAUGAUAAGUUCCAGUUUUGUGCUGUUACACAACCGCCUUACAGAAGAUUGAGCGUCUGCUGAAAAAUAGCUAUAGCCCUGGAAACAAAUUCCUGGCUCAGGCUAGAGCUGUGCCUUAUGAAAUUUCAUUUCUACUUACAUAUUACUUCAUGCAGGCUAUUAAGUGCUUCUUCACUCUGUGGAAGGAUUAGAUGACAUGGUCAUUCUAUACUGAUGUCAGUAGAAUAUGGCAGAGCAAUGGGAAGGAGGUUCAGAAGCAGUUAAUGUUAAAGCCCGUGAUGGUGCAUAAGUAAGUAUAACAGAGGUUAAUGAGUACAGUGUAGGUGUGACAUAAAUAGUACUCCAAGUUAUAAGCCUGGUGUAAACUAGUUGGAAAAAAGAAGUAAGUGACAGUUUGUAAUUUGCAGAGUUUUAGCAUGGAAGGGUACCAGAGUAGUGAAUAGGGCCAAAGGAUGUGCUUGUGUGGACAGAAAUCUAUCUCUGUUGACUUUGUUUAUAUCAGCAGAAACAAGAACAGAAAUUCUCUAAGCUUUUGCAUUUUUAAUUGUAGCAAAAUUACCCUUGUAUUUUUACAUGUGUUUUUCCUUCUGUGUCAUUUCUGAAGUGUUCAGAAAUGUAUGUGUUGACUUAGCCUGUUACUUGAGCAAUUUGUAACUCCAUUAGUGUGAGACAAACGUGACAGCCAUCAAUGCUUCUGUACAGUUCUUAAAUUAUGGAACUUGCACUUCCUGUUUGUGACAAUAUUAUCCCAGUUCUGUGCCUGUGGAAAACAAGGUUUGUAACUUGAAGCGAGACGCAGUGUUUGGGAAGAAGACAAAUGCAGUUUUCACAUGUACUCUUCUACAGACUAUGCACUUUAAAAGUAGAUGGAACUAGUCCAAAAACCUGGUUCUGAAAACCCACAGUGUUCUUGGAUUUCAGUGGCAAUAGGAGGUUCUGGGAGUCUGGCUUCAGCCUUGUACCUCUGAAUUCAUGAAGAGGAUUUGAUCCAACUACAAUGGGAGUUGCUUGGAUGCCGUCUUUAGAUUUUUUUGAGGGGAAAUAAUAACCUUAAUUUCCAUGUUUCCUUCUCUUACAAAUCAGUCUCAAGAAAUUGUGUAACUUGCAUUUAUGUUAAAAUUAAAUAGAUACUGCUGUUUUGCUUUGACUUUCA